AUGGGAAGAAGUACAUCUUCAAGUAGCUCAAGUAGUGAGUCAUCUUCUUCUAGUUCAUCAGCUUCUUCUUCUUACUCAGAAGAACGACAUUCUCGUGAUAAAAAAGAAAAGAAAAAAUCUGAAAAGAAGCCAAAAAAGGAAGGGGCACGUGAAUUAAAAAGAAGAAAAAAAGAAGAAAUUGCAACAUUAAGUAAAGAAAUUUAUACUAUGUUUGUUAAAAGAAGUCUUUUGGCUUCUGGUUUGUCUGAAGAAGAAGCAGAAAAAAAAGUUGAUAAAAGAUGGAAAAAAGCAGGUCAUGAAGUUAAAGUUGUUUAUGAACAAUUAGCAUAUAUUGAAUCUGUAUUAAUUGGAAAUGCGGCUGUAAUGAAAAAGAAACGUAAGGCAGAUACCUCAAGAAGAAAAGAAGAUUGGCAUCCUUAUCUUUUGUUUUGUAAAGUUAAAAGAGACAGUGUUGUUAAUGAUGGUAUUAGUGGAAGUGCUGUAAUGAAAAGGUUAUCAGUGAUGUGGAAAAAUCUCAGUGAGAAAGAACGAGAAAAAUAUAGUGCUUUGGCAAAAGAAAAUAAAAAAAAAGACUUAGAAAAAGAAGCAAACGAAGAAAAAGCUCUUGCUGCUUUACCUUCAAGAAUUAUUACUAAUGACCUUAACACUCCUUCUCCUCAACAAAGUCUUACUAUUCCAGUAGUAUCUGCUUUACCGCUCCCAAUGAAUAUUGUUACUGAAAUUAAUUUAAAUGAUGAAAUAAAUCUUUCUAUUCCAUCUAGAUUACCUCCUACAACAAUACAACCCCCUUUACAACCUUCUCUUCAACCCUCUAUUCCUCGAACUAUCGCACCACCUGCACCUUCUAGUUCAAUGUCACAAUGA